GAUGUUAGAGGUCUGGAGGCGUGCCAGAACUGAAGGAGCAUGGUGAAGCACCAACCCCUGCAGGUUUACGAGAGGCAGCUGUGUUUGUCAUGUCUCACAGGGAUCUAUGGGUGCCGGUGGAAACGGUACCAACGGUCACAUGAUGACACCACCAAGUGGGAGUUCCUGUGGUCUCUCAUCCUCUUCUUCACCUUCUCUCUGCUCCUGGUCUGGUUCUACUUCUGGUGGGAGGCACACAACGACUACAAUGAGUUCAACUGGUUUUUAUAUAACCGCUCUGGGGAGUGGAGCGACGGGACCGUUCCAAUCCUGGCCACUACCGCUGCCGGCUUCACUUAUAUUGCAUUUUUAAUGAUUUUAGCACUUUGCCACAUAGCAGCGGGACAACAGCUGAACUUGCACUGGCUGCACAAGAUUGGAGUGAGUGCUGCCCUGCUGACCACUGCCAUCGGAUUCAUAUCUGUCAAUCAAACAUGGGGGGAGGAGUGGGCAGUCAUCCCUAUAUCACUCCAGGCCACAGGUCCCUUCCUACACCUAGGAGCUCUGGUGGCUGUCACCGCUCUGGCCUGGCUGGUGGCUGGGCAGAUCGCCCGCACAGAGAAAAUAAGGUUCCAGGUGGUGGUUCUCCUGCUCUACCUGAGUGUUCUACUGGGCCUCUACAUGGUCCCCCUUUCCAUCACCUCCCCCUGCAUCAUGGACCACGCCAACCUCACUCCACGCCCUGAUGUCAUUGGCCACCAGGGCGCCCCCAUGCUGGCUCCAGAGAACACUAUCCUGUCCUUCCAGAGGGCUCUGCAGAUGAACGUCAGUGGGCUGGAGGCUGACGUGGCCAUCAGCUUUGACGGGGUGCCAUUUCUGAUGCGAGACCGCACGUUGAGGAGGACUACUAACGUGGGGAAGGUGUUUCCAGCCAGACAGCUGGACGAUGCCUCCUCCUUCAACUGGACAGACUUACACAGCCUCAACGCCGGCCAGUGGUUCCUCAAGGACGACCCCUUCUGGACGGUCCAGUCCAUGGCUCAGAGGGAGGUGAUGCUGGUGGGGAACCAGAGCGUGUGUAGUCUGGAGCAACUGCUGAGGCUAGCCUCCCUCCAUAACCACACAGUGGUGUUCAGCCUGCGACGACCCCCGCACAGACACCCCUGCUACCACAGCUGGAUCAACGAUACCCUGGAAGUCAUACGCCUGUCUGGGAUUCCACAGCACCUGGUGAUGUGGACCCCAGACUGGGACAGGGGGCAGGUAAGACAGGUGGCUCCAGGGCUUCAGCAGACAUCAGUAGAGAAGCUGCCGCCUCAAGUCCUUCACCAGCAGGGAAUCAGCAGCCUGCUGCUACGUUACAGCCAGGCCAGCCCCUAUGACAUCCGAGAGUUCUCCAGGAGCAACGUGAGUGUGACUCUGUACACGGUCAACAAGCCCUGGCUGUUCUCUGUGCUCUGGUGCAGCGGGGUCUCCUCUGUCUCCUCUGAAGCCCCCAACAUCCUCAGAAAGGUGCCUUACCCCAUCUGGCUCAUGAGUCCAGAUGAGUACUGUCUGAUCUGGGUCGCCGCUGAUCUCAUCUCCUUCACUGUAGUUAUAGGAAUUUUUGUAUUCCAAAACUAUCACAUUAUCAGAUGGAGGUUGAGUAGCAUGCACAGCUACAACCCUGAACAGAUCAUGCUGAGUGCCGCAGUCCGGAGGUCCAGCAGAGACGUCAACAUCAUGAAGGAGAAACUCAUCUUCUCCGAGGUGAGCAAUGGUGUGGGCAGUGCUGAGGACCUGUACAUGGAGAAUGGCUUUGACUACUACAACAACGAAGGCAUCUCCCAUUGACUCUUACUCACCUAAUGUGAAUCUACUGAAAGACACCUGACUCUACUAGCAUGUGGAAACUGAGUAAAUUAAAACUUCCAAGUGACUUGUGAUUGGUUUGUCUGUUCUGAUUACUCUUGUUUUACUCAGUGCAUCCAGAUUGUUCCUCUGAACUACUGAUUGAUUGACAGGCUGCUGUAUUGCUGAAGAAUCCCAGGCAAGCACCACCCAUUGCUUUGUACAUUCUGUAAAUAGGUUUGUUUUUGCUUGUUAAAUACAAAUGUGGGACUAAAAGCACUUUUUAUUGAUGAACCAAUUGAUUUGUCAGAUCUGUGGCCUCUUCUCACCUCUAGGUCAUUUUUUUUUUUACAAUUUGUUUGUCAGAAAAGGGCAUUUAUUUGAAAAUAUAUUGGUCCAUUAUAUAUUGUUUUUCACUCAAACCUCUUUGAUUGAAUGGGCUCAUGGGCUGGAUCUGGCCCACGGACCGUAGUUUGCCCACCCCUGCUCUAGAUGCUUUGGAGGCCCCCCCAGUUACCAAUGCUUGUUUAUUAUUAAGAACCUAUUUGUUUGUUUUUAAACUUAUUUACUUGCAGUCACUUUAUAGCACAGCCAAUUCUUAGUUAUUUAGAGGAUUUUACUACUUGUGCAGCAUUGCUCCUAUUUCUUGCCACGUUUGGGCGCUAUUCAAAUUUUUAGGAACAAAAACAACACGAACAAGCUGUUUACAGAGGGUCCUGCCUUCUCCGACUACGUGAAAUAUUUACACGAUGUAAGAUAAUGAUUUGAACAGCAUUUCCUUCAUCCAUGCAUGUGACAUACAAUAUCAAGUGACUUGUGGAGCUGUGCUGUCUCGGGCAGGGCUUGUGUUCAGGCAGAACUGAUGUGUGUUUUUGUGAUGUUUUCGGUGCAUUGUGAAUGUUUUGAUUUUUAAAGGAUGUGAACAGUGUAUUAUGGCAGUAGAGAUUUCACCACCUACCCCAAGUAUGCAGUUCUACAUGGAGUGUGUGCAUAUUACAAACGUUUUAUAUGCUAUGGCUGUCUGAGGAUUAUAUUGGAAAUGUGAUGCAUAAUAAUAGCAAUAGUGUUGAGAAGUUUAUGAAAGUCAAGUCAUUUAAAUAUUUUGCAGACCAACUUCUCAAUGGCAUUUGAACAGCAAAUUGCAUCACAUAGUGACAUUAAAGGGUAUAUUUUAUGUCGUGAUGAAGUGGGGUGUGUUAUAUUAACUGUGAAAAUAAAGCUCUAGGCUGUUGAAGGGACAACGCUGAGUAUCAGAAUGGU